AUGGUUCCCCUUGACAUCCCGGGCGAGGACCUCCACGAACUCGUCCUCGAAGCUCCUAAAGACGGGCGCAUGAAUCCAUUUCAGUUGGCGUUCUGGAAUACUGCACACAGACACUUGGAUCGCAUUGAAACGAAGGAGCUCUACAGGCCUGUGACAGACUCGGACGCUCGGACGCGAUGGGAAUUUUCCGCACGCAAAGACGACCUGACAAAGCUAAAUUGGCUAGCGAAGUUCAACGCACAAGAUAUUGAGAAAAGAAUCCUGCUACAUUCGGACGUAGAGCAGGUGCUCGUUGGUGGCGAGGGUCGACCCACACCAUAUAUCAUCAUGCAAGCGAAGGUAGGUGUGUUGGACAGAAAGAGUGAGGCGCAACUGCUCGAAGAGCUGUACGAGCAUAUAGUUACCGGAACCAACAAGGCCGAUAUCGAUGAAAUUAGGAUUCCGAAGGAAACCUUGUUGCUUGCGAAGAAGGAGAAGCCUUUUCAAGUCAAUUUGAAGCAGGUGGUGCAGAGGAGGGCAGUCGAACAGGACUAUCUGGGAGAAAUCGAGCAGGCAUACAUGCGCUUGGAGAAUGAGAGAAAGAGUAGUCUCGUAUAG